AGUCGAUCAUCAUUGACUAAAGAAAAUGAAAGACAUUUUAAUUUUAAAGAAUUAAUAAAACCCUAAAACAGCAAAAAAACUCAACACCUUCAUCGAAUCAAACUUUUCCCCUUUUUGUGUCCCAAACAAACUGAAUUCAAGUCGCACUGAACUUUCAACUCGCCGGAAAACGCACCCGGACUUCGUCGUCGGCUGCCACAAACUCUGACAAACUCCAUCCAGGUUAUUACUAUUUUCUUGAUGCAGGUGUUAUGAAGAUAUCGUUGUUGAAAAUGCUUGUUGACAGCAUAUCCUCUUUUUUGCAUUUAUCAUUUUCUGGAAAUAUGAACUCCGAACCAGUCUCAAAAUAUUACCAGAAGGCAGAGGAGAUACUUAAGUUGUUGAAGCCGAUCAUUGAUGCUUUUGCUAAUUCUGAGCCAGUGUCUGAUGAAGUGCCUAGUAAGACAUUCGAAGAACUUGGUCAUGCUGUUGAUGAAUUAAAGGAGCAUGUUGAGAACUGGCACCUAUUGUCUAGCAAAAUUUACUUUGUUAUGCAAGUUGAACCUUUGAUAUCUAGGAUUCGGACUUCAGGUCUCAAGGUCUUGCAGCAGCUGAGGGUUUCAGACGAAUGUCCUAAUGAUGAACUGAGUUCUGAACAUUUGGAGAACUGUGUUCAGAAACUUAAGCUUUUGGAACUUGAAGAAACCUCAUCCAUCAUUAAGGAAGCUAUUACGGAUCAACUGGAUGGUGCAGGACCCAGUUCAGAGAUCCUGGAAAAAAUUGCUGAUAGACUGGGCCUAAAUUCUAAUGAGGAGGUUUUGAUUGAGGCUGUGGCCCUAGAAAAGUUAAAGGAGAAUGCUGAGCAGACUGAAAAGACUGCUGAAGCCGAAUACAUUGAUCAGAUUAUUGCUGUUGUAACGCGUAUGCACGAGGGCCUUGUUAUGCUUAAGCAAGCCCAGAGUUGCACUCCAGUUCCCGUACCUGCUGAUUUUUGUUGUCCACUUUCUUUGGAGUUAAUGACUGAUCCGGUGAUUGUGGCCUCAGGGCAAACCUAUGAGCGAGCUUUUAUCAAGAACUGGAUUGAUCUUGGUCUUACUGUUUGUCCAAAGACCCAUCAGACUCUGGCUCACACCAAUCUAAUACCUAACUACACUGUAAAGGCACUAAUUGCAAACUGGUGUGAAUCAAACAAUGUGAAGCUGGUUGACCCCACUAAAUCCACUAUCUUAAAUCAAGCAUCUGUCCUUCAUGGGUAUAUGGAGUCUGGUACAACCCGGGAAUCUCCUAUUUUUCCUCAUUCCAGGAGCAAUCUGCCAUCUUCACCUGAGUCGGCUCGUUCUCGUUCUUUCAAUUCACCAGGUAAUAACAUACCUUCUUCUGGUGGAAUCCAGCGAGAGGGAACAUCACCUUUGCACCCUCGUUCAAUUUCAGAAGGUUCCUUAAGUGGCAUAAUUAACGGGCAAUAUAUGGAUGCUGCUAGAACAUCACCCACAGGUUUAGACGACAGGUCUGCUAGCUCAGAUGAAAGCAGUAUAGAUUCAAUUGGCCAUCCAUCAAUAUCACCAUCUAGAAGGGAAUCUUCCGGGGCCUUCAGCUCUGAACUAUCUCAAAACCAUGUUAGAGCUGUAUCUGAUUCUGGUGCAUUUUCUGAUGCAAAUUUUCAAGAAACACAAGGUGAUGACAGCAAUGCUUCUCAACUGUCAACAAGUCCAGGCUACAGUAGAGAUACUUCUGGCGAGUUAAAUCCCGGGUCAGAUACUGUUGGUGCUGCUCCCAUGCCAUCAAUGCAUAGGGAACCUGAAUUCCCACCCCGACUUAUGGAGACUAGGUCUCGAAGCCAAGCUAUAUGGAGGAGGCCAUCAGAAAGGCUCGUUCCUAGGAUAAUAUCUUCUGCUGUUGAAUCAAGAGUCGAUCUUUCUGGUAUCGAGACACAGGUUCGGGGUUUAGUGGAGGGCUUGAAGAGCAUUGAUCUUGAUACUCAGAGAGAUGCAACUUCAGAAAUCCGUCUGCUUGCUAAGCACAAUAUGGAUAAUCGAAUUGCAAUUGCAAACUGUGGAGCCAUUAAUAUAUUAGUUGACUUACUUCAAUCAACUGAUACAAGGAUCCAGGAAAAUGCUGUUACAGCACUUCUCAACUUAUCAAUCAAUGAUAACAACAAAACUGCAAUUGCAAAUGCCGGUGCAAUUGAACCUCUGAUUCAUGUUCUUGAGAAUGGGAGCCCAGAAGCCAAAGAGAAUUCAGCUGCCACUCUUUUCAGCUUGUCGGUGAUUGAGGAAAACAAGGUUAAUAUAGGAAGGUCUGGGGCAAUUAGACCACUUGUAGAUUUAUUAGGGAAUGGAACUCCAAGGGGAAAAAAGGAUGCUGCCACCGCUUUGUUUAAUUUGUCAAUAUUCCACGAGAACAAGAAUCGGAUUGUGCAAGCUGGUGCUGUGAGGCACCUUGUGGAGUUGAUGGACCCAGCGGCUGGAAUGGUGGACAAGGCUGUGGCUGUCUUAGCAAAUCUUGCCACAAUUCCAGAAGGAAGAAUUGCAAUUGGUCAAGAAGGUGGAAUUCCUGUUCUAGUUGAAGUUGUUGAGUUGGGUUCUGCUAGAGGAAAGGAGAAUGCAGCAGCAGCUCUUCUACAUCUUUGCUUACACAGUAAUAGAUUCUUAAGCAUGGUGCUCCAACACGGAGCUGUGCCACCAUUAGUAGCUUUAUCGCAGUCAGGCACACCGAGGGCUAAAGAAAAGGCCCAAGCUCUCCUUAAUCAAUUUAGAAGUCAAAGACAUGGAAAUUCUGGGAGGGGCUGAUCUUGAAUUCCCAGCCACUUGUGCUAUUCAACGGUUUUGAAUUAACCCCCUAUAGAACAUCUCUAGUUUAUACAUUACAUGAUGAAAAUAAUGUGUGUAAAUGUCUUUAGUAUUGUUUUCGCUCGCUUGUAAAGUGGAAAAAAAACAUUUAUGGAGGAUUGAUUGUGUCCUCUUAUGAAAACCUUUCAUUGUUGUAACAAUUAUACAUGUAAGUCUAUUAUUUGUUGUAACCGAAAAAUCUCUAGUUUUUCUUGCUGUGCUAGGGCAUGAUGGUUGAUAGCGAAUAAAAUUAUUUGGUUUAUUUAGUUA